GAGGUAGUUGAAAGAUAUAUUAACAAGGCUAUAGAGAUAGCUGAAACACAGAGAUAAACUUCUACCAUUUUCAUACAUGUCAUUUUCACCCAUUGAUCGCACUUUGACACCCGGGACGGUGUAGAGCUUUAAUAUAAGGACGUUUCAGGCCGCUAUCCGCGACAGCGAUUGCCAAAUUCCGUGAUGUUUCGUAAAAAAGUAAGCCAAAACAACUUCUUUUACCGCAAUAAUGGUAACGAAUCUUCGAAAUCCCACAGUAAAACCGGCCACAAUCCAUCGAAUUUUGACAAACACGUAAAGAAUGAUGAUAAUUACAAAGAUCAACACAGAGAAGAUGGAAGAGCACAUUCUCAUACAGACCCUGAGAAAAAUGAUCCAAAACUAAGAGAACAAACAAGCUCACACGGCGAAACGGUUGAAGAUUUAACCAAGAGUAUAUUAAAGUGGCACGCUAGCCGAUUUAAGGAUAUACGCAAGGCCUGUCUUGCCAACGAGACUAAUCAUAACGACGGUUUUGACACCAAACCUGUCCAAGAUGUUAAACACGCAACGCAGCAGGAGAGUAAACAGGAAAGCUCGCCAGAGAAUGGACACACAAAGGGAUAUCGGUCGAAUAGCGGAUUUGGGAAUUAUGGCUCAAACUUUAGGAGAGAUAGGUCCAAUCACGACAAGAGCAAAUAUAACAAAGAUCGCUGAAUAUAUAUUAACAAACCCGCUGUGGAGUUGGGUGUAUAAUAAAUUUGUUGAAUUUUG